CCCAUCUUCCCCCCACACCGCGGAGUAUCGGGGUCUGCUAUUGGUCACUGCGGAGUGACGCGCGGCGGUGCGGCGCUGGAGUCGGAGUGCGGCGUGUUCGCCGGGUGACCGGACCACGUUUCUCGGAGGUCAAAAUGAAAGAAAGAAAAAAGAAGUCUUUAAGCUUGCCUAAAGCCCAUCGGAAGAAAAUAAAAGUGACAGGAGAAUGGAAGCCAAUGUCAAUAGACACAACUCGUUUUGGCGAGGAAGACAUGGAAGGGCUGAUCUGUUGUGAGGAGCUUACAGAUUAUGAGUUGAUUAGUGCCACUAAGUCAUCUGAGAAGAAAGCCAGAAAACGAACGCUUGACAAUUCAGUGGAGUUAAAAUCUUCACCAAAGAAACAGAAAAUUAGUAGAGAUGAUUCACCAGCCUCAAUAAAAGAAACAAAGGUAAAAAGAAAAAAGAAAAGGUUGAACAUAGUGCCUGCCAAAGUGGAAGAGGGUGGAAUUAAUUCUUUUGAAGGUAUAAAUAAAGUUGAAUAUGCAGAUAAAAAUGAGGCAGGUGAAGCAGAAAUAUCUGGGGCUCGAAGGAAGAAGAAAAGGAAGAAGAAAGGGACUGGAGUUACUCAGUCCUCCAAGCCGGGCGACAGAGUGAAAAACUGGACAAAAUAUUCCUGUUCAUCUGAGCAUGAGAGUGAUGUUUCUGCCUGGAAAGAUCUGUUUGUCCCAGAGCCAGUACUUAAGGCUCUGAGUUUUCUUGGUUACAGUUAUCCCACUCCGAUCCAAGCUUUGGUUCUGCCCCCUGCUAUUAGAGAUAAACAAGAUAUUCUUGGUGCUGCAGAAACAGGUAGUGGUAAAACGCUAGCGUUUGCUAUUCCCAUGAUCCACCUUAUAUUAGAGUGGAGGCAAGCUGAAGAAGCCAGAUUGAAGAAGAAUGAGGAAAUGCACGAGAACCAGGAUUCUAAUGAAGGCCAGGAAACAUUUAUUGACGACCUAAUUAAAAUUGAUAGUGAACAUCUGGAAGAAAGUGAAGAAGUGGAAGAAAGUGGUGAUGAAGAGAAUUCCAACCUGGGUUGUGUAAAAGUGAUCAACAAUGUAAACUUUGAUUUCGAGAAUGCGGAGGCUUCUAAUGUUAAAAAGCCACUCUUGGGCUUGGUCCUGACUCCAACAAGAGAAUUAGCUGUGCAGGUAAAACAUCACAUUGAUGCAGUCACCAAAUUCACUGGGAUCAAAACUGCGACAAUAGUUGGAGGAAUGGCUGCUCAGAAACAGGAAAGGAUUUUAAAUUAUAGACCAGAAAUCGUGAUUGCAACACCAGGGAGAUUGUGGGAAUUGAUAAAGGAAAGACAUCCACAUCUCUGUCAUUUGAAACAACUCAGGUGCCUGGUAAUUGAUGAGGCAGAUCGCAUGGUUGAAAAAGGACAUUUUGCAGAACUUUCUCAACUUCUGGAGCUCCUACAAGAUAAAGAAUAUCAUCCAAAAAGAAGGACUUUUAUAUUUUCUGCCACUUUAACAAUGGUUCAUCAAGUUCCUACAAGAAUGUUGGGAAAGAAGAAUACCAAAAAAAUAAACACAGAAACAAAGUUAGAAGCUCUGAUACACAAAGUAGGCCUCAGAGGAAAACCCAAAGUCAUUGAUUUAUCCAGGAAAGAGGGCACAGUCGAAACCCUCACUGAAACCAGAAUCCAAUGUGAGGUAGAGGAAAAAGACAUCUACCUCUAUUAUUUCUUACUUCAAUAUCCAGGCCGAACUAUGGUCUUUGCAAAUAGUAUAGAUUGUAUCAAGCGUCUAAAUGCACUCCUUACUAUUUUGGAAUGUUGUCCUCUGCCGCUACAUGCAAACAUGCACCAGAAACAGAGGUUGAAGAAUUUAGAGAGAUUUGCUGAAAGAGAAAGCUGUGUUUUAUUGACCACUGACGUUGCAGCUCGAGGUCUGGACAUUCCAAAUGUACAGCAUGUUAUUCAUUAUCAGAUGCCACGCACCACUGAGAUCUACGUUCACAGGAGUGGCAGAACAGCUCGAGCCACAAAAGCAGGCCUUGCUUUGAUGUUGGUUGGGCCAGGGGACAUGGUUCAUUUUAAGAAGAUAUGCAAAGCUUUGGGCAAAGAUGAAAAUGUCCCACUGUUUCCAGUGCAAGCUAAAUGUAUGUCUGCAAUUCAGGUACGUGUUAACAUAGCUAGAAGGAUAGAGAAGAUGGAAUAUCAGCACAAUAAAGCACAACAACAUAACAGCUGGUUUCAGCAAGCUGCCGAAGCACUGGAUGUGGAUUUGGAGGAUAAUGUCCUAAUGGGUGAAGGGUAUAAUGCCGGUGAAGAAAACCAAAGACAAAGAAUGCUGAAAGGAAUGAAGAAAGAACUAAAACAUCUGCUUUCGCAGCCAGUGUUCAAGAACUACAUGAAGACAAAAUACCCAACACUAUUUGGUGGACUAGCAUUGCCUGCUCUACCAGUGGCGAGCCAAGAAACUGCUUUAACUACAAUUCAAAAGCAUAGACAGAAAAAAAAGUGAGAGGCUG